CCCACCCCGCCGCCCACGCAUUGCCCUCCAUCGCCAUCGCCAUCGCCGUUGCCCACACAACACGGCGUCAUCACCCCCCUAUAAAAAUGGAGGGGACGACACCCCGACACUUGUGACGUAGACAUUCUCCUCCCCUCUCCUUCCACUGCACGCCACGCCACUCGCCAUUUCUGCGACGCACACGCUCUCACGGUCUCACUAGCUACCACUACUCCACUCCGCUGCAAGCUAGCUGCUCCGGCGACCUUCAGCGAGGCGCGGGGAUGGCGAGCUCCCGUGGGCGGUGGGCGAGCCCCGAGCGCACCGUCGUCUGGACCGAGCCGCCGCCCAAGACCACCUCCGCCACCACCAGGCGUCACGCCCACGCCGCGCCGCCCGCCAAGGUGCCCGUCGUCUACUACCUCUCGCGCAACGGCCAGCUCGACCACCCGCACUUCAUGGAGGUCCCCGUCUCCAACCCACAGGACGGCCUCUGCCUCCGAGAUGUGCUGGACCGGCUGACGGUGCUCCGGGGCGCCGGCAUGGCGGACGCGUACUCGUGGUCCUCCAAGCGGAGCUACAAGACCGGCUACGUCUGGCACGACCUCACGGCCGACGACCCCGUGCACCCCGCCAGCGGCGCCGAGUACGUGCUCAAGGGCUCCGAGCUGCUCAGCCUCCUCCCCGCGCCGGCCUACCCGCGUGACGCUUCCGCCGGCUCCUCCUCCUCGUCAUCCUCCUCCAGCUGCCAGGCCGGGAACGAGAAUAGCAAGAAGAUGCCGGCAGCGGCCGUUAGCAGGGCCCACGGCCGGCGCAAGAACUGGAGCUCCUUCGACCUCGGCGAGUACCGGGUGGCCGCCGCGCGGGGCGGCGCCGGGGCGGACGCGGCCACGCAGACCGACGAGAGACGCGGCCGGCGCCGGGGCCCCGAGCCGUCGCCGCCGCAAGAGCCGACGACGGAGCUCGGCGCGGACGAGAUCUCGCCGCCGCCGUCGUCCAGCAGCCCCGACACGCUCGAGGCGCUCAUCAACAACGACGUCCGCGUGGCCGCCGCCUCGAACACCGUCGCCGCUCGCCGGGAGGGCGAGGACGCGGGCCUGGCGCAGCAGGGCGUGAUCGCGGGCGGGCGGAUGCGCGCGUCGGCGGUGCUGAUGCAGCUCAUCUCCUGUGGCUCCAUCCCUGCGGCCCCCAAGCGCGAGACCGGCCCGGGUGGCGCGGGCGGGGCGAGGUACACGGCAGAGCGUAGGCUCCCCCGCGGGCGGGCGGACCUGAGCAGCAGCACCGGCGGUGCAGACGGGUUCUCCGGCAGCAUUGGCGUCGGCGCAAGCAUGGAGCGGGAGUACUUCAGCGGCAGCCUGGUGGAGACCAAGAAGUCGGCGAGCGGCGACCGUGCCGGCCACGGUGGCGAGCUGGGCGCUCUGAAGCGGUCGUCGUCGUACAAUGCCGACAGGGGCAGAGAAUCCACGAUGAACGCUGCUAGCACCACGGGUGGUGGUUGCAAGCUGGAGCUUGCGGCGGAGGAGGUGGACGGCGUCCGCGCCCGCUGCAUCCCGGCCGGGAGGAAACCCAGCGGCAGCAGCAGCAAGAAGUCUCCGACCACCCACGUCCACGUUAGCAGCCGGCGCGGCGACCAACCGGAAACUACCGACGACGGACGGACUGACUGAUUUCACCCAAGAAAACUCAUGAAAACAUACUAGUACUAGCAUCAAAAUGUUGAUCGACGUGCGUCCGCUGCAGACUGAACGAAUGUCUUGCUACGGCACGCGCUCUUGCAUCGACUACCUUUCUUUUUUAUAUUUUCCCCGUUCACGGAGUAGCUAGCGUAGAAUUCAAGCUCACUUGGAUCAAGGUGUAUGUAGAAUGUUGUAGUGGCACGGCAGCAGAGCAUGUGUGUCUGAACCGAGCAGCGUGGCACAUGCACUGUUUGACUUUGUGUUUCCAUUUGUUCAAACUUGAAAAGGAGGUUGCAUGCGGCACGAGGACGCUAGCUUGGGCA